AUGGAACAAAAAAAGACUAUUAGACAUCCUGAUUUAUUAAAAUAUAUAGACGGUGUAGACACAGACACUUAUAUUUAUAUCGUUACUGAAAAAGUAACACCUUUACAAGCACAAUUGAAUAAUAAUUCUAAUGAGUUGACAUUGUGGGGUUUAUAUAAAGUAGCA